UUCCGCACAAAAACAACCAUUUCCAAGCAACUCUGCGAGUCUUGUAGGUCCAACUUGAAUUCUAUAUCAUAUAUCUGUCACAUACAAUAUCCCCGUCAUGACGAUGCACCGGGCCUUAGGAAUUCUCGACGUAAUACACACCAUUAGCUCACACACAGCACACGGAUCGCUUCCUGCACUUGCAUCCACAUCCCACGCGUUUAAGCGCCCAGCACUUGAGGUCCUUUGGAGGGAUUUGCAGUCUGUGGAGCCACUUGUCAGAUGUUUACCAAGUGACUUAUUUGGCGUCGAUCAAGGAUGUUGGGCAUUAAAGAAACCUCUUGAUGACAAGAUGUGGGCCACUCUGUCGGGAUACACGUUUCACGUGCACACGAUCACUGUGACACAAACAUGCCCCUUGAAGUUUAUCGAAGCCCUCAGUUUGAUAAUGAUGUCUUAUCCUUCGGGACCUGCGUCCUUGUUUCCCAACCUUCGCAAAUUAACAUGGGGCGCCGAUGGAACCCGCGGCAGCAGCAGAGUUCUUGCGCAUGGCUUCUGUGCCCACCCUAGUUGCGUUGACCGUGGAGAUCGCUGCAGCUUCUCCCGCCUUUCUCUCGGCCCUUUCGUCUCUUCAAACAUCCUUUCCUCACCUCAAGAGCCUAUAUUUGAAAUAUAGCCAUAUGACCGACGAGUUGCGUCAUAAAACUUCACCCUUCAUCACACAGUCUAUUUCCCGGCUCGAUCAUCUUCAUUCGUUGGCGGUAUGGGACCUAGGAAACGAAGGCAUGGAGCGCGUUAUGCAGCUACGAGCUCUACAGUCGCUGCACUUGGAUUUAGGAACAUCGUCCGCUUGGGAGGCACAGGUCGAAUCUACAAUUCACUGGCUUUCGUGAUUUGCACUAUUUAGGCCUAUCUAUCGACACAUUCGAGCA